AUGGAAGGCACGCACACAGUGCUGCGUCUGUACAAACCCAUCCAGGAGUUGUGCUUUAUCAGUCUGUACUUCCCUACCAAGAGGCCUCGAGGUUUCUCACGCGGUGGGCAUGCCCUUCGUGAAGCACGGCCUCUGUACGGUAAUCAGCGUGACCAGAGGAAUGAAGACCCCGCCGGGCCCAAACAAAGACGCCAGUCUUGCAAAUCAGCAGGAGAAAUCUUCCAGCCCUGCGAGCCAACAAAAGGCUGCCUGACUGCAGAACAUGUUCUCCUGCUGACGGACAUCCUGUCUUUAUGCAGUGAGUGCGCAGACAGACUCAGGAUGGGCAACCAGGACGGGAAGCUUGAAGGACAUGGAGAAUUUGUUGGAAGUGGCGCUAGCAGGAGUAACCUGCAACGUACGCUUCCGCUGUCCCCAGAGAAUAAGAGAGCGGCCUCCAGGGUUCGCAAGUUGAAGAAACUGGGUUCUAAGAAGAUGGACAGUGCGGAAGAGUUCUUACAGAGCAAGAUGAAGAAGAAGAUGCAGAGAAUAACUCCUGUGACCAUCACCGAGGAACCGUCCUCCAUCCACGGACCGGACACUCCAGGAUCAGGCUCGUACGUCAGUGCAUCCAGCCAACCUCUCCUUCCCAUGGACGAACACUUCCACUUCGCCAACGACGGCUGGGAUUACAUGGAAGAGCCUCGUUGUUUUGAGACAGAAAUGGAUCUUUGCAGCGAGCUGUCUGAGAUUGAUAAUCAGCUCUGUUUAGAGUUCGCGAAACCAUCGUGUACUUUACUAAGAGGAGAGCAUGGCCAUACCCUACAUGAGUUCAAUAAUGCGCGUCUUGAUUCGGGAAUCAGCUCUAAACUUCGUGAACCAAAGGAGAAGAUUGGAGGUCAGAUGGGGGCUCAGCUAUAUGAUGAUGAAGUCAAUAUGAGGAGCGUUGCGAAGUGUAAAGUUGUGACUAACAUGGAGGCUGGAAGUCUAAAACUUGGCGCUGCUUCACUGAGGUCCAAAGAGAUUAUGUUUGAGAAACCUCUAUCUCAGAGCAGCUACCAACCGGUAGGACAAGAAGAGAUAGAACCUAGGUCAUCAGAACCUAUGAGGCUACCACUAUCAUCCCCUAUUGAUGCCAAUUCUAGAACGUCACACCUUCGGUCCUGGACCAAAAGCCCCACAUCCAGCUCUCUCGCUGAGGUCUUCAGUGUGUCUUAUCCCGUGACAAACAGUCUUCAAUGCAUGUCUCCUGUCCUGUCACCUUUGUCAUCCAAACUUCCCAGUCCUCACCUCAACCAUCGUAUCGUGUUGCUGCCUGAGGAGGAUGAUGGAAAUCUACGCUGUUCCAGAGACGAGCCCAAGGUCACAUCAGAGGCCAUCGACAAAAACGGCAACCGCAGGACCGUCACAAGGCUCGACCUGAACCUCAGCCGACAGGAAGUGAAUCAUUUUAAUCUGAACGAAUCAAGUGACACUACCUCAAAAGCGCCUCUGUUGCAUCCUGACGAGAUCUGGAUGCUGGAUGGAGACGAGUCUAUUUCCCAGAACACUCUGUGUCGCCCCAGCAGACCGGAUCACCUGGACUUUCUGAGAAUUACACCGCCAGAGGAUGACAUCAUCAGUGACACGCCAUAUUACCCAAAACUGGGAAUAGCACCUGAGGCCACGUCCCCAUCAGAUGGUGAGGAUCGAACCCCUGGACGUCUCCAGGCCGUCUGGCCACCACCCAAAUGUAAAGAUGCGGAGGAGAAGGUCGGACUGCGCUACACUGAAGCAGAGCACCAGGCCGCCCUCCUGCAGCUGAAGAGAGAGAGUAAAGAAGAGCUGGAGAAACUGCAUGCGGACUUUGAGCUGCAGAUCUUCCAGAUUCGCGGAAAGCACGCGGAGGUCGUGUCUCGUUUCGAGUCCAUCAUCGCGAGGAUGCAGCGCGAGCAGGCGUGUAACUGCGUACAGGAGCGCGGCGAGCUGCUGGAGGCGUGCGUGUCAACCGAGGAUGAUGCGCCGCCCAAAAGCUUCCGUAACGUGUGCAUUCAGACCGACCGUGAGACUUUCAUCAAAACGCCCGAGGGUGAUGUCACCGCUCACACCUCCGGCGCCAACAUGCCCAAAAGACUGGAUCUGGACUCUAUAAGCAUGAGUUUGGGUGUGGGCCCCGGACAUCCCCCACCCCCUCCCGCUCCUCCUCUACCAGGUCAACCCUGUGCCCCCCCACCCCCUCCUCCUCCCCCUCUUCCAGGUCAACCAUGUGCCCCCCCACCCCCUUCUCCGCCCCCUCUACCCGGGAGCUCCGCCCCCCCUCCUCCUCCACCCUUACCUGGACUCACACCUGGACCGCCCCCACCUCCCCCUCUCCCUGGAGCUCCGCCUCCUCCUCCGCCACCACCAGGCCUGCCAGGAGCACCCCCACCUCCUCCACCCAUGCCAGGCUCCGGCCCCCCUCCUCCACCUCCGGCCUUUGGGGGUUUCGGGUUCGGGCAAGUAGCAGAUAAAGGACCACGUAAGCCCAGCGUGGAACCGGCGUGCCCCAUGAAACCGCUCUACUGGACCCGAAUUCAGGUUCAGGACAACAAUAAUGAUACGCUGUGGAAUUCUCUGGAAGAACCAGAUCUCAUAAACACCAAAGAGUUUGAAGAUCUCUUCUCGAAAGCCACCGUACAGACAAAGAAGAAACCGCUGGCGGACACGUACGAGAAGAAGAACAAAGCCAAGAAGAUUAUCAAGCUGCUGGACGGCAAGCGUUCUCAGGCCGUGGGAAUAUUAAUAUCCAGUCUACAUCUCGAAAUGAAGGACAUUCAACAAGCUGUGCUGACUGUGGAUCAUUCAGUCGUUGAUCUGGAGACGAUUGAAGCUUUAUAUGAAAAUAGAGCUCAGAGAGACGAACUGGAGAAGAUCAAGAAACAUUACGAGACGUGUAAAGAAGACGAGGUGAAGCUCCUGGAUAAACCUGAACAAUUCCUGUACGAGUUAUCCCAGAUUCCUGAUUUCGCCAGCCGCGCUCACUGCAUCAUAUUCCAGUCGGCCUUUGUGGAUUUAAUGUCCUCUGUGCAUCGUAAGGUUGAGGUCAUCUCUACUGUGUGCAAGGCUCUUCGGGAGAGUGACAGUGUGAAGGAUGUUAUUGGUCUCGUUUUGGCUUUUGGAAACUACAUGAACGGUGGAAACAGAACCAGAGGACAGGCGGACGGAUUUGGACUCGAGAUUCUUCCAAAACUGAAAGACGUCAAGAGCAGGGACAAUCGGAUAAGUCUAGUGGAUUAUGUGGUGUCCUACUACCUGAGGAACAUGGAUGAGAACGCAGGAACCGAUAAGAGCGUUUUCCCAUUGCCUGAACCUCAGGAUCUGUUCCACGCCGCACAGGUGAAGUUUGAAGAUCUCGCAAAAGACCUUCGCAAGUUAAAGAAGGAGCUGACGGCUUCUGAGAAGGAGGUUCUGCAGGUGUGCGAGAACUCUUCUGAAGAACAUCUCCAACCCUUCAAAGACAAGAUGGACACCUUCAUCAGAACAGCACAGUCGGAGUAUUCAUCUGAAGAGGAGCAUCUACAGGUGGCACAGAACAGGUUCCUGGACCUGGUCACAUACUUUGGGCUUAAACCCAAGUCAGGGGAGAAGGAGGUUUCUCCAAACUUCAUCUUCAUGCUGUGGUUCGAGUUCUGCAAUGACUUCAAGAACACGUGGAACCGUGAGAGUAAAAGCAUCUCCAAAGAGAGACUUAAAGAAGCUCGUCAGACCGUCCAGAAAAUCACAGCGGAGAAGAAAGUGGAGACAAAGAAGAUCAAUGCUAACAGUCUGAAAGAGCGACUGCGCAAGAAAGAAGCAGGUGUGUCCUCGAGCUGAGACUACAGACAGAAUACAGAGACUGGAGAAAUGAGACGGACGUCAAGGGCGUUCGUCAAACACUGAAACUCAAUCGUGUCGUGGCCGAGACAAGGGU